AUGCCUCCAAAUCCAAAGAAUCAAAAGAGAGAAGGGCCGAAAGAUGAAACGACAGAAGGACAACAAAAUCUCUCACAAACAUCGAGACUUUCGAUUGAUACUACAAUGCAUCGGCCAUCAACUUCUGCAAAUCCUUUCAGUCCAAUUGGUAUGAGAAUGGUCGUUCUACAAGAUUCACCAAGCGAGGCAUUUACUCCAAGCUUGCCAUUGAAUAUCGAAAAUGUGGCUGAAGAAUUGAGAACGUUUGAAAAAAUCUAUGAAACAUAUGUUAGCGCACGAGAAAGUCUAACGACCCAACCAACUCCUGUAACAUCUCCACCUUUACUCGACAUCUCUCAAGCGAGGCUUUUAGAUCGAAAUCCGAGUACUGAACACGAUUUCGCUAUAUAUCCCUCGCCGUAUAUCAACCUUGGCGGUUCACCGGAUACUCAAAUGUUACCGAAUACAAGUUCUGCAAUGGACUUUCAAUCACCUAUUCACCAUCAGCAACAACAACCUUCUCAUCAACAAGAUUUAUUCGGGACUUCGAAUAGCAACUCAUCGAUAGGAUUUCCCGUUACUCGAAUCAACCAUCAUCUUUCACCACCGCUUCGUCCCCAGCUACAAUCCCAUCCCCCGUGCAAACACCGUUUCUCACCUCUUCGCCCGCAAAACCCUCAACCCUCAACUUCUAAUUCAUCCUAUCAACGUGAGAGUCAAAAGCGUUAUUCGCAGAAAGAAGAGAGAAAACCGGGUCGACCUCGAACCCAUCAUCCCGAUCCAAACGAGAUCAAUGCUGCGAUUAAAAAUGAUAAAAGCAAUCGAUAUCAAUCACUCCCACCAACAGAACGAACCAAAAAAGCGAAAGAACGACUUGCCAAUAACUAUGCUGUCAGUCGGUCUCGUCAGAAAAAAUUUGUGACUGGACAAGAAGUUUUGGACAUCAUUUCCGGUUUGAUGAAACCCAACAAUUCGGCCUCCUAUCAAAAGUUCGUUAUGUGGAAGCACGAGAAAAAUGGGAAGAAUAUUAUUGAAACGUUGAAAGAUUUGCUUCCAAAAGAGCCGAACACAAGCAAGAGUAAAAGAGGAGCAAAGAAAAGUCUAGCUGAUGCUGAAGAAGUUGAAGUUGAAGUUGAAGAUGAGGAUACGGAAGAUGAAGAAGAAUGUGAAGAGAUUUAUGAAGAAGGUGGAGAUAGUCAUGAAGAUAAUGAUCCGCCACCGCCACCACCGUCAUCAUCAAUCAUUUACUCAUAU